ACUGAUCCAAAUUCACCAGAAGUGCUAAAGCAGAACGUGCAAAUCGCCCUUGACCAUGUCGCAAGGAUUCAAUCACUGGCACGUAACUGCUUGCACGGCGUACAAAGCGCAUACCAAGCAGGAAACAGUCCUGCACAUACAACAGGCAAGUGCCUGGCUGCACUCAUGCAAGCACUUCGCACACUUGCUGAAUUCCUUCGACAAACUGGUGUAGGCGCAUACCCCAUGCCACUCGUCCCCGAGUCUCAGAGUGCAUCAUCGGUGCCUCCCACAGAGCAGCAACUGAUUGACACCACGGCCAGAGAGGUACAAGUGCUUUAUGAGCGCCUGAAGCGUAUUCAAGAGAGCAAUACCGUCGCUGUAAAUCUACUUGGGGCUGCU